AUGAUGAAGUAUUUUUAUACACUUGAUUUACGUUUUACUCCAGUAAGUGAUCGUAUACUUGUUGUCUUUAAAAGAUUAACAACAUUGAAACAUAUUCUUUUGGAAAGCCCCGAGUAUAUGAACCACAACAGAGGUGUAACAAUUUCUGAUUUGGGUUUGGCAGAAUUCUGUACUACUUUUACUUUCCGCUAUCCAUUCAUGCAAGAUUUGUUUAGGGGACCUGGCUCAAGAUGCAGUAUUGAAACCUUAUAUGUCCGCAACUAUCCAAAAGUAACUGAUUCAUUUUUGAAGAUUGCUGCCAGAAUUUCUCCACGCCUCGAAUCGUUAGACAUUACUGGAUCGCGUUGCACUUUAGCAGAAAUUGAAAAUUUCAAAGCAAAAAGCCCUGGAACAAAGGUAAUAUGCUGAAAGGUAAUAAAGACUGAAAAAUAAUAAAUACGUUGACAUAGGGUAAUAUAUCAAUAUGUGUGGAAAUGAAGUGAGGUGAGAGGGUAGUAAGAUAUGUUCAAUCCUUAUAUUAUAUUUUGUGUUAUAUAAAACUUAUAACUAAUUAAUAAACAAAUAAAGAGGUUUAUCCUCAGUGGUGUGUUGGGCCAUAUUACUCAAUUUUUUUUACCACAAUUUUUGUACUGUAAUCAUAUCAUGGCCAAUAAAUAAAAUAAAUUAUUAUUUAAAUUAUUAUUAUUAAUUCUACAGUAUAUUUAUAUUAAUGAACCAGUUUAAAAUUAAAUGUAUUGGUGUUUGUAAAUAAUUUAUUCUUUCUAUUUGUCAUCUUAUUACUUAUGAUUCA